AUGGAUUUGCCCAUAAAAGUGGACAGAUUUGGUAUUUUGGUAGCUUGGACAAAGUUUCUCAGGGUUUCUGUGAGACCGAAUCUGUCGGUUAGGAUAUCGCCAAGAACGACUGGACGGGCGGAAGAGUACAGCUUGGACAAUACAAGCGAAGCAAUCUGGUACGCUAGACCGUUUGGAACUGGUUCUAUUGGUUUGAACAAGUCCACAGUUUCCAGUCUCGAGGCAUCAACAGGUUUAUCCACCAGGUCGCAAGGCAGAAAUAAGUAG